GCCCCGGUCCUUCUGGAUGCCGCUCGAGAGAACAACCGCAGCCCGGGCACCUGCGGUUCUGAAUCCUGAAACGAAAUCUAGAAGCAGCAGCCGAGUUCGUGUUCAGAGAUCAGAACCUGCAACAGCACUGGUUGUCAAUACCAACCAACCACAAUUGCCAUUUGCCAUCCAACCCACCGCCGCGCGGACCAGAGAAAACCACAAGAGGCUACAAAAGCUAGGGGCGCAACGCAAAAUGGUGGGCUUCCUCGGGGCCUCCGCCGCCGCCUCCGCUGUGCCCGCAGCAGCCUACGCCCUCUCCUCCUCCUCCUCCUCUCCCACCACCUCCAAGCUCCAAUUCCCCCUGCCCGCUUCCUUCCCUUCCGCCUUGACCUCCUCAUCCUCCUCCACCUCUGCGCGCGCGCCAAACGCCGUCACUCCGAUGGCCGCCGCCGCCGCUGCCGCUGCCACGGCCGAUCCCUCGGCCCCCGAUAAGGACACUGCGCUUCCGGAACUCACGACAGAAUUCAUGGUGGACAUGAAAUGUGAGGGCUGUGUAACAGCAGUGAAAAACAAGCUUCAAACUCUUGAAGGAAUAAAAAACAUCGAAGUGGACUUGAGUAACCAGGUUGUUAGAGUUCUUGGGUCUCUCCCACUGAAGACAAUGUUAGAUGCUCUGCAUCAAACAGGCCGAGAUGCACGUCUGAUUGGGCAAGGGAACCCAAAUGAUUUUUUAGUUUCCGCUGCUGUGGCUGAGUUCAAAGGGCCGGUUAUAUUCGGUGUUGUUCGUCUGGCUCAAGUUAACAUGGGGUUGGCUAGAGUUGAAGCCACCUUUAGUGGUCUAUCACCUGGUAAAUAUGGAUGGUCAAUUAAUGAGUUUGGGGAUUUGACAAGAGGUGCGGAAAGUACUGGCAAAGCAUAUAAUCCACCAGAAUAUUUAUCCAAUAAGCCUAUUGGUGACCUGGGAACACUAGAAGCUGGAGAGAAUGGGGAAGCCCAUUUCUCAGGAUCAAAAGAAAAAUUGAAAGUUGUUGACUUGAUUGGCCGCUCUAUCGCUCUGUAUGCAGCCGAGGACAGAUCAGACCCUGGCAUUGCAGCAGCCGUGAUUGCAAGAAGUGCCGGGGUUGGAGAGAACUACAAGAAGCUUUGUUCCUGUGAUGGUGUCACCAUCUGGGAAUCAAGCUAAACUCGCUGCUACUAGCAAGUUUUCUGUACUAAUAUUUGCUUCCAUAUGUUGUACACACAUCAAUGUAGAGACAAUUCGACUUGCAACUGAACAUUUGGAAUAAAAUAUGAAUACAAUGAGGAAUAAAGCCUGUUCUGAUUUGGAGAUUGACA